UAUCGUGAACUCCCGCUGAACAUCCCACAGCUGAAGAAACCGAUUCGACGCUCUCCGCUCCGUCCCCAGGUGUAUCUUGGAGCCCCGUGUCUCAGCAUGAAGCUGCUGGCCACUCUGCCCAUCUUCUGCCUACUGGCCCUGGCCUCUGCGCUGGACAGCCCCCAACGCUGCACUUCUCCGGACCAAAUGGAAGGAAUGGUGUCUGUGUUUCACCCAGUCAAUUUCGUAGACAAUUACGGGAACUUCUCCUACGACGCGAUUAACAAGAGAUUUUACAAAAGCGUGUUCGUCUUCAGAGGGGGACAUCAGCAGUGGAAGCAGGUGGACAUUCUGCUGUUCCAGGAGUCCGUGAUGUACCGGUACUUCCCCCACAACGGGACCUGCCUGAAGUCCUCGCUCCGUGCUCCAUUCCGGAAAUUUGGUGUUCCCAAAGACGCCACGUUCAUCGGCCAGGUUUACAUCGGCAGCGUUGACAUCCCUAAGGCGGGAGUUCGGACCAACGUCUGGAGCGGGGCGGAGGAUAAUGUGAAGUACAUGAUGACCUUCACAGAUGUAAAAUGUCUGCCACAGUUCCGAGCGAAAUUCCAAGAGGAUCACUGGUUCUCGGAGUCCUUCACUGACCUGGUCCUGGGAAUCCGAGAUCCGACGGUCUUCACCCCCCCUCCGGAAUGUGAUGAUCCCGUCUACGAACCUUCUCUCAGUGAGCGGCUGCACCCAUGGGUGGCCAUCUCCGUCUCCGGGGUAAAUGCAAGCGGGGUGGAUCAGUUUCUGGAUAUUUCGGGAACUGGGGGAAACCUGUGAAAAUCAGAGCCACAGGCAACUGUAGAUGAUAAAUCAUAUAAUGCAGAGGUUGAUAGUUUCUUGAUUAGUCAGGGCAUGAGGAGAAGACAGGAGAAUGGGGUGGAGAGGGAUAAUAAAUCAGCCAUGGUGGAAUGGCAGAGCACGUUCAAUGGGCUGAAUGGCCUAAUUCUGCUCCAAUGUCUUCUGGUUUGAUGGGGAUCGGGCAGCGAUGGAAGCUGUGACAGGACCUCGCUGAAUGUUGGAACAGACCAGAUGGGCUGAGUGGCCUCCUCUUGCUCUUCAUCCUGACCUCCAUUUGUCGAAUCACAAUAAAGUUUGAUGUGAUCUUG